UUUGAAGUUUGGAUUUAAGCUUUUGGGAGAGGUAUGGGAUCAAUUUGCGAAUCUGUACCGAAGGUGAAGUCUUCGUCUGCGUCUACGACGGUAGUGGUGAACUCUAUUCCACCGUUUCUAAGCAAGACUUACGACAUGGUUGACGAUCCAUUGACCGACGAGGUGGUGUCCUGGAGCAGUGGGAACAACAGCUUCGUCGUGUGGAACGUGCCUGAGUUCGCGAAACAGUUUCUACCAAAGUACUUCAAGCACAACAACUUCUCCAGCUUUGUCAGGCAGCUCAACACUUACGGUUUCAGAAAAGUUGAUCCAGAACGCUGGGAAUUUGCAAAUGAGGGAUUUGUAAGAGGCCAAAAAAAUUUGCUAAAGAGUAUUAUCCGGAGAAAACCUUCUCAGGUGCACCCUCAAAAGCAACCUCAAGUCCAGCACUCAUCUGUUGGUGCUUGCGUUGAAGUGGGCAAGUUUGGACUCGAAGAAGAAGUGGAGAGACUCCAACGAGAUAAGAACAUCCUGAUGCAAGAGCUUGUAAGGUUAAGACAGCAACAGCAAGUUACAGAACAUCAUCUUCAACAUGUGGGGCAGAAAGUUCAUGUGAUGGAGCAGAGGCAGCAGCAAAUGAUGUCGUUUCUAGCAAAGGCUGUCCAGAGUCCAGGGUUCUUGAACCAAUUUUCACAGCAGAGUAGUGAAGGGAACCAACACAUCUCUGAGACUAACAAGAAGAGGAGGCUACCUGUUGAGGAUCAGAAGAAUAGUGGAAGUCACGGGGUUAAUGAUCUUAGUCGCCAGAUUGUGAGGUAUCAGUCAUCGAUGAACGAAUCAGCAAACAGUGUGCUCCAACAGAUACAAAGUAUGAGUUGCUCACGUGACCAUCAUCACGACCCUUAUUAUGCUCAAGCUGAUCCGCUAGCUCCAAGGCAAGGAGCAGCAGCAGCUUCUGGGAGCUCAAAUUCGGAUCUAGUUGGACGCGAGACAGAUAAUGGAGAGUGUUUGGAUCCAAUAAUGGCUGUUUUGGAUGAGUCAAUGAUAUUAGGAAGUGAUGGAGCCAUAAAUGAAGAUUCAUUGUGGGAGCAGUUCUUUGGUGAGAGCACAGGGAUUGGCAUGACAGAUGAGCUAGUCUCAGGGUCAGUGGGAAAAGAGAUGAUAAUGGAUCAGCUAGGAUUACAAUCCAACCUGAGGAAUGUGUUGAGCAACAAUCAACAAAUGAACCAUCUUACUCAACAGAUGGGACUUCUCACAUCAGAUGCGCUCAGGAAAUGAAAAAUCGCCACAAGUUCCAUAAUCUUUACUCUCAGGAGCGUAAAAAAACGAGAGUUAAGACUGUGGAGUCACAGCAACAAAAGGAUAAUGAACAAAAGGAGGUUUUGUGUAUCUAUGUAUUAAACUCUCGUUCUUGUCAAUGUAUGAUAAAAAAAUAAAAUAAGAGAACUAUGGCUUUGUGAA